AUGUCAGACGAGUCGGUGCGGUUGGCAUUGCGCAUCCACGAUGAGUGCAACGGCAGUGAUGUCUUUGGAUCUGACAUCUGCACCUGUCGUCCUUAUCUCAUCUUUGGCAUUGAAGAGGCGGUCAAGGAAGCGCAGAAUGGUGGUAGCGGCGUUGUGAUAUACUUCAGGAAAGAAGGCAGAGCUCUCGGUGAAGUCACCAAGAGCUAUAGUACCCGGGGUGAAGACCGGGCUUCAGACUACUUCAAGAGAACCGAGAACAUUGCAGGUGUCAAGGACAUGCGUUUCCAAGCCCUGAUGCCGGAUAUCCUCCACUGGCUUGGAAUCCGCAAGAUCGAUCGCAUGCUCAGCAUGAGCAAGUGA